GGCUAGGUAACAUAAUGGAAAUGUAUCGGACUGCAAAUCCUGGAAUGACGGUUCGACCCCGUCCUUGGCCU